AUGGCCAGGCUAUUGCAGAAGGUGCUCAAGGUGCAAGUAGCUGGAUGGUUUCUGGUCGUCAACGGUGUGAAGUUCUUAGUAGUUGGAAGUUGGUCAGGCCGUGCGUGGCAGUUUCUGUGCUCUGCUGAUGGUGUUGCAGUCGUCUUGGAGGAGAGAAGAGAGUACUACGAUAGCCAUGAACACCAUGUAAAGAGGGUUGCUGCAAAGUCCAACCGAGCAGAUGAGGCUGUGCAUUUCCGAGAUGCCUUUCAAUGCUUCCUUGACAACUACUUUGUAAAUGAGGAUGCGGCAGGGGCUGCAGCAGAAAAGCCAGCUGGAAGCACUCCUCGGCGUCCAGCUUCAGGAGAUCGUGUCAACCGACAGCAUAGCGGCCUUGGGUGGUGGCGUGCCACAGUACGGCACUCGCAGGAGUUGGCUGACAACUCUGCGCGGCUUUGUGGGCGCCUGGCAGGUAUCUUGACGGAUGCUGCCGGUCUCAGAGCUGCAUUGCCCCAGCUUCAAUGCACAGAUGCCGGCCUCAUGCACGAUGUGCAAGGCUUUCUGGAGCUUUACAGUGGAGCUCGAUCAGGGCUUAGCUCUGCAGAACUCUUGGAUUUGAAGCGGUGCCACGAGGCAGCAGCGCAGCUGUCCGAGGUGCAGGAGCGACUCAGGCAAUUGACCGCGAGAUGUGAGAAAGCAGGUGUUGACAUGUGCUUGGAUCCUGACUGCACGGAAGCCCAGGUUCCCAGAUCUUUGUUGAAACUGUGA